AUGUCGAACGCUCUCAAAAAGAAGAAAAAGGAUGAUCUCGGUGCCGGGUUACGAGUCUCAAAAGACAAUAUAGCAGCGCAUCCUGCAGGACCACCACGAUAUGGAGAAUUAACACAAGCAGAGAGGGCGUUCACGCUGGCGUCGACGUUCUUGUCUGGAGUCCUGGCAAUUAGCGCUUCGCAAUUCCUGGGAGCACCAUUAAAGCUCAUUGAUCCUCAGUUCUAUGAUGGCUACAUGGCCUACACUAAGGAAUGUUUCGCAAUUCUCAUCACAUGCCUCACGCAAUGGUGGGCGCCAACCGUCGUUCGUGUCAGCGGCGACUCGAGCAUGGUGGGACAGCUCAUCAAGAAAAAAGACGGCAGUCUUCAAUGCAACUUCGCUGACCGCAUGGUCCUCAUGGCAAACCACCAGCUUUAUACUGAUUGGCUGUACCUGUGGUGGAUCGCGUAUACAAACAACAUGCAUGGCUUCAUCUACAUCAUUUUGAAGGAGUCACUGAAGAAUAUACCAAUCAUUGGCUGGGGAGCACAGUUCUACAACUUCAUCUUCCUAUCCCGUAACUGGGAGGAAGACCAGCGAACUUUCAAGAAGCAUCUGAGUCAACUGAACAAACCUAAUGACCCUAUGUGGCUCAUCAUCUUCCCUGAAGGAACCAAUCUCUCCGCAACAACUCGAGAGAAGAGCAAAAAAUGGGCAGAAAAGAACAGCAUACAAGACAUGAAGCACCAGCUCUUACCAAGAAGCACAGGCCUACGAUUCUGUCUGAACGAGCUUAGAGAAACAACAGACUGGCUCUAUGACUGCACAAUCGCAUACGAAGGCGUCCCACCCGGCCAAUUUGGCCAAGAUAUUUUUACACUCCGGUCCUCCUUUUUCGAAGGCCGGCCGCCGAAAUCAGUCAACAUGCACUGGCGGCGCUUCCACCUCGACUCCAUACCAAUCCAGAACACGAAAGCCUUCGAGGUUUGGCUUCGCAAUCGCUGGAGGGAAAAGGACUAUAUGCUCGAGUACUUUAAUCGCAACAACCGCUUCCCGGCCGAAGACUUCUGGAAAGACCAUCUUGAUAUGAGUAGUCAAAGUUCGCACAAUGGAAACAAGAGUCUCCGCAGUGUUCCCCGCCCGGCCGUCCAGAUAGAAACAGAAGUCAAGUCUGGCAACUGGAACGAGUUUGUCAAGAUCUUUGCGCCGAUCACUAGCGUCAUGAUGGCGCUCACAGUCGCCUACGGAGCGUCACCAGAUGACCUACCCAUCCCGGGUGGCAAAGAGUUCUUCGAGCAGCACAUCAGAACACUGCUCGGUCAAGGCGGUGAGUUGAAAGGUUUACCAAGCCCGGAGCAACUAGAGAAGAUGAUUGAAGGCGCUGCGCAGAUGGGCGCUGCACAAGCAGCCGAGCCCAAAAACUUAACAGGGGCGCAGAAGUUGACGCAAGAGAAUCUCGCGAGAUUGGUAAAAGAGACGGCGAUUCAGAGUGGAGUAGUGCUUCCGGGUGGUAUGAGAAGGGCAAGUACGGCGUUACCUCAAGCACCAACGAAGACUCUCGUAACGCCAACGAUAUCUGCUACACGGAAGGCGAAGACUGCGGUCAAUGUGCCGACUGCUGCGAGGAAGCUUGCUACCGCGGGACCAAAGCCAGGCACAGCCGCACAUGCGAGAGCAAAGGUCACGGCCACUAAGCCCACAGCAAAAACAACACCUUCGAAACCUAAGCCAACACCGCCAACCGGACCAAUGAAGGAUGUUAUGACCGCGUCAGGCGUAAUGAUCAAAGUCCCCAAGUCUGAAGUCGAAGACGCUAAGAAGACCGGGACCAUUACUACGAAGAGCGGGGUUAAAAUCAAGAUAGGAAAGGAAGAGAUAGAAGAGGCAGAGAAGAAGAAGGGUAGUACAUUUAUGACGGCCUCAGGGGUACCGAUCAAGAUUACUCCUAGCGGCGCCAUUACUUUACCAGAGAAAGCCGGUGCGCAGAAACCGGGUAAGAAGCCUGGGCCGGCCGCCGCAACAGCAGGCCCGAAGAUUGUGCCAGCGGCGAAGAAACCUGCUGGUGCUGGUGCUCCAAAGCUGAAGGGCCCGGCAGUGGCAACGAAGAAGUCUCCUGUGGCUACCGGUGCUGCCAAAAAGCCUACGAUUGCUGCGAAGAAGGGCUAG